UGUCCCGUCCCCUCCUCGGGUGUGGAAACGAGCAGAAGAAGAUCGGACUCGGUGCGGGGCGAGGGGAGAACUUCUGCGUGGUUAUCCAAAAACGGCGUGCGAGCUCUGAAGGAGUCCUCUUGGAGUGGAGCUGUCGUUCGUUGGUGGUGCCUUCCCCGGGAUCCAGACGGCAGGGGACAACGGCCUUCUUCAACAGCGUCCCCAUCAUCGUAUCAUCAGCAAGAGUCGUAGCAGCAGCAGUACCAGCACCGUGCAGCCACCAGUGGCAACCGGCAUCAUGAGUGUGCAGCGCUACAAAUUAAUAUUUAUACUGAUAUUUUUCAUCCACACAUCAACCGACGCCGCCGAAGCGAGCGCCGCUGGCGAUCCUCACGCCACCGCUGCCGUUUACCACCAGCAGCGACAGGGUGGCCGCGUUGUUGGACCGACCAAUUUGGCUCCAGAAAACAUGGGCCGCACGCUCUUUUCUCCGCGCCUCGAGUACAACGAGUGGCAUCCGGUCGGCCGUGGUGAUCCCCUGAAAAAUGACCCAACCUACGACUACAGUCCACCGGUGUUGGAACGUGUACGCUAUUGGCAGGAAAACAUGGCCAACAAAGACAAGGGCAGUGACAUCCUUAUUCUUGGAGUGCCAUCGAAGAAAUCCAGUUCCAAAGUCGAGCAUCAACAAUGGACGAACAACAACGGUCCGGUGCGACGCAACUACUACCACCAGCAGAUCAACGAGUUACCGACUGUCCUGAUGCCACCUCCACUGAACAACCAUCUUCAACCCGAAGAGGUGUACCUAUGGACUCAGGCUACCACUCAUCAAGCGCAACGCUACGAAACACCUGCCGAUGGUUUCAAGUAUAGACCAAACCCUCCGGCUCAUCCCAGUCAGAGUUUCGUCAGCCAAUAUACAGGUCAAAAAUACAACGAACCACCCGUGCAUCAUGCAACUCCAUACCAACAACAGCAACAGCAACAGCAAGCACACCCCAGUCAACAGUAUACAACCACGAUUCGUCUGACCACCCCAAACGAUUUCAACUCCAAAAAGCCAAUUCUUCACACAAUCCUACAGAACGAAAAGGCUUUCCCCUUCACCAAGACUGCGGUAAGCAGCAGCAUCACCGAGUACACUUCGCACUUCUACAAUCCUCAGAACAUCAACGCCAUGGCCACCACAAUCAUCCAUCCACCGCAAACAACGGAAUAUCUGGCGAUAGAGCCCUCCAAUACCUUACCACCGGUGAGCACCGACAUCAAAGCGCCGCACGUAACGCCAGCGGCAUUCGUUCCACCGAUGACUCCCACCACGACGACGACUUCAACUCCAGCCCCACCUUCACAAUCCAUAACGGCUGACCCUUUCCUCGCACAUCUCCAACAAGCCCAUCCGAAAGCCCCACUCUACCUGAUCAUCGAGGGCCACUCCAAGGUCAAAACAUACGGCCUCAACAACAACGAUACCUUGAUGCAGCUACCGAAAAUGGUCCCGGUGGUUGGCUCGGAAAAUGCCAUCAUCCGACACGUGGUCAACCGAGACGAAACCGGUGAUGUCGUAAACAUCCCUCACAUUACGAUGAAUCCGGUGAUGACUUCGACGGUGGCCCCGGGUGCAUUGUCAUCUUCCGAGGAGACCAGCGAGGAGAAAUCCGCCGUAAAUUCGCUGCUCAGUUUGCUGGGUUCUUCGUUUGGAGAUUACUUCUCGGACAAGGACGCCAACGGUAACUCAAUCGACAGUGCGGAAAGCGAUAAGGAUUCCAAAUCGCGGAGGAACGCCCGUAGCGUGGACGAUCGGCAGCAGCUUUACCUGUCGGGAUCGUUUCAGGUAGGAGACCAGGGGGACGGAGGAACUUCGGCUGAGUAUGAUGGUUAUCGGAGAGGAUCAGUGUUUGAUGAAAGUGCCAGUUUAAACGAGCAGGAGGAGUUCAAGUAUUGAAGAAAGUGAAAUGAUGUAUGUAGUUCAAAAUUGUUGUUCCGGAAGAAUGUUGAGUUUUCUGUUUGCUGUUAAGUUUGCUAAAUUUCGUGUUUUGUUGGAAUGAAGCGCCACUGUUAUUUCGUGGCGUGACGAUCGAAUUUCAUGUGACCAUUUGUACAUAGUCAAUGCUAAUUAGAA